GAAGAAGAGAAAUUAAUCCAGCAGGAACUAACCAGUUUGAAAGCAACAGUUUCAGCUCCCACCACAACACUGAGACUGAUGAAAGAAUGUAUGGUGAGACUUAUCUAUUGUGAAAUGCUGGGAUACGAGUCUUCCUUUGGAUAUAUCCAUGCGAUCAAGCUUGCACAGCAAGGAAAUCUUUUGGAGAAAAGAGUUGGUUACUUGGCAGUUUCUUUAUUUCUACAUGAAAAUCAUGACCUGCUACUUCUACUUGUGAACACAGUUGUGAAGGACUUACAGAGCACUAAUCUAGUAGAGGUGUGCAUGGCAUUAACCGUUGUCAGCCAGAUCUUUCCAAGGGAGAUGAUUCCAGCUGUUCUUCCCCUAAUAGAAGACAAGCUCCAGCAUUCUAAGGAAAUUAUCCGAAGAAAAGCUGUUCAAGCUUUAUAUAAAUUCUAUCUCAUUGCUCCUAACCAAGUUCAGCAUAUUCAUGAUAAGUUCCGGAAAGCCUUAUGUGACAGAGAUGCUGGAGUCAUGGCUGCUUCUUUGCAUAUUUAUCUUCAAAUGAUUAAGGAAAACUCAUCUGGAUACAAGGACUUGACUGGGAGUUUUGUAACGAUCCUAAAGCAGGUAGUGGGAGGAAAGCUGCCUGUUGACUUCAACUAUCACAGCGUGCCAGCCCCGUGGUUACAAAUUCAGCUUUUAAGAAUAUUGGGGCUGUUAGGAAAAGAUGAUCCAAGGACAAGUGAAUUGAUGUAUGAUGUUCUAGAUGAAUCUUUAAGAAGAGCAGAGAUAAAUCAUAAUAUUACAUAUGCCAUCUUGUUUGAAUGUGUCCAGACAAUUUAUACAAUUCAUCCUAAAUCUGAACUGCUUGAAAAGGCUGCCAAGUGCAUUGGAAAAUUUGUUUUGUCACCCAAAAUUAAUUUAAAAUACUUAGGUUUAAAGGCUCUGACCUAUGUUGUCCAGCAGGAUCCUAAUCUGGCACUUCAGCACCAGAUGACAAUAAUUGAAUGUCUAGACCAUCCAGAUCCCAUUAUUAAAAGGGAG